AUGCGUUUCAAAUCAACAAUAUUAAAAGAUUCUGUGGAUCAAUCUGUUGUUUGUAUUGGUUGGACUGGAAACGAUGAAAUUAUAAUCGGAAGAAGCGACUCAACAUUAUCAAAAUGGAGCCAAGCUACAAAAGAAAAUAUAAAGUUGUGCGAUAUUUCUGACGAAUCAUCGUAUCCUAUAGAUUUGCAUAUGUUAUCUAGUACUCAGAGACUCACAAACAAGACGGCAGGGAUUGAACAAAUCCUUAUAACUACAUCAAAUGGCAAGUUACAUUUAAUGAGCAAAAUCACUAAAAUCGAUAAAACAGUAGAAGCUCAUGAAGGUAACGCAACGGUCGGGAAAUGGAGUCCUGAUGGUUCCACUUUAUUAACAGCUGGCGAGGACGGAUCUAUAAAAAUAUGGUCUCGUAUCGGAAUGUUGAGAACAAAAUUGAUCGUAAAUGCUGAGCCCAUAUUAUCGGCUGACUGGAAUUCCGACUCAUCUAAAAUUGUGUAUACUCAACACGAUACGCUUUGUAUUAAAUCAUUAAAAGCGAACAUAAAAACAAUUAGAAUUAGAGGCCAUAGUGAUCUUAUACUCAAAGUUUCGUGGUGUAGAGCCAACGAUUUGAUUGUAUCGGGAGGCGAAGAUUGUUACUAUAAGAUUUGGGAUUCAUACGGAAAUUCUGUAUUUGUGAGUGAAAAACUCACACAUCCAGUAACAUCUCAUUGUUGGAAGUCUGAUGGGAAUUUGCUAGUUGUUAGUUGUUACAACAAAAUUCUACUUUGUAAUCAAUACGGAAUAGUCCUGUCGACAGAUUACGUUGAUUGUGGAAGCAUUUGUUCGCUUUGUUGGUCACCGGAUAGUACUCAAGUAGCUGCUGUGUGUGCUAAUGGAAGACUAAUGAUUUCUACUUUGGUUGAAAGAAGUAUUUCGAGACGGAAUUUUCAUUGUUUGAUCACGUCACGGAAAACAAUGACCGUGAAGGAUGUAUUAAACGAAACCAAAGAAAACCUCGAUUUCCCCGAACGUAUCGUCCACGUAGCUAUGGAGUACAAUCAUUUAAUAGUGACUACUUGCACUCAAUGUUUUGUUUAUCAAAUGCCCAAUCUAAACACUCCGCAAAUUAUCAAUUUAAAAGACACGAACGUGUUUAUGAUAAUUUUGACUGAAAAGUAUUUUGCUAUAUUAUCGAUAAGUCGAGUCGACAUUUACACAUUUGACUGUAAAUUGGUUUCGUCUCCUAAAUGGCCGAAUAUGCAAUGUGACAUAAUUCAAAAGAAUCACGUAUCCAUGUCUGAUCAUAUAUUGGCCGUAAGAGAUCAACUGAAUGACAAAAUGAUACACGUAUUUGAAAUAUCACCGUUGAGUGCAUUGCCCACAAUUAAACACGGAUUUGGAGUUACUGAUGUACAGUUGAUGACCACCAAAAUCCAAGAUAAACGUUAUUUGGCGUUGAUUGAUUUAAGCAUGAACAUAUUUAUUGUCCAUAUAGGGCAUAAAGAUGGUGCUAAGACAUAUAAACUUGGUUCCAUGUUUCAUAGCAUGUGCUGGAACAGUCAAACAGAAUCACUGGCUGCGUUGCAAUAUACAAAUCUAAUAGUGUGGUAUGACCCUUUACUUUUACUGAACGACCAAAUCCUUGUGCGGAAGUCGCUAGAAAAAAGUGAUUUGAGUUUUUACGGAAACAAGUUAAAUAUCGAGUUAUACGAAGACAACAUGGUGAGUCUGAUCAACACAGACGGCGUCAAGGUAUUUGUCCAGGUGUCCCCUUACCUGGAAGCUCUGAAGAAUUACAUAGGUUCAAGCAAAUGGAUGGAAUGUCGAACCGUUUGCCGAGACAUGAAGAAUGAAGCGAUGUGGGCACUUCUGGCUGGUUCUGCUGUGUUGGCUAAACAGCUAGACACUGCCGAAGAGUGUUUUCUUGCCAUCGGGCAGAUCGAGCGAGCUACAUUUAUCCAACACAUAAAGACAAUAUCUGACAGAACAGUACAGGAGUCAUCACUAGCUCUGCUAUCUGGAAAAAUAUCAGAAGCCGAAUCAAUUUUGCUGAGAAACGGAUCCACAUUUAAAGCUAUCAUGUUUAACGUACAUAUACAUAACUGGAGUAGAGCUUUGGAAUUGGCAGUAAAACAUAAGAAAUACCUAAACACGGUUAUUUAUAAACGAAGAAAUUAUUUAGAUUUUUACAAAAAAGAAGAAACAAAUGAUAAGUUUUUAAAAUAUUCAAAUAUAGAAAUUGAUAAUGAAGAAGUCUUGAAAGAAAUUGAAAUUGAAAACGAAAAACAACAUUUGUAA